AUGGCGAAUGCUCUGAGGACGUCCGUCCGGCGCCUUGCCACAACAGCCGUUCGUGCCGCUACGGCGGAAGCUGUCAAUGCUUACGGCGUCCGCGUCUCAAAAGCUCAGGGAAUAGUCGACACUCUGGUGGGAGCUAUCGGUAACACCCCUCUAAUAAAGCUCAAGAAGCUAUCAGCCGAGACAGGAUGCAAUGUCCUAGGCAAAGCCGAAUUCCAAAAUCCCGGCGGUAGCAUCAAGGACCGAGCUGCGCUGUUCGUAGUCAAGGAUGCAGAAGAGCGUGGGUUUCUCAAGCCAGGCGGCACGGUCGUCGAAGGAACAGCAGGAAACACAGGAAUCGGCCUGGCGCAUGUGUGCCGAGCGAGAGGAUACAAACUCGUGAUAUACAUGCCCAACACCCAGUCGCAGGGGAAGAUCGAUCUGCUGAGACUCCUGGGCGCCGAAGUCUACCCUGUUCCCGCAGUGGCCUGGGAGAACUCAGACAACUACAACUGGCAAGCCAAGCGCCAUGCAGAGCGACUGCAAAAGGAAGAUCCCGAACACGGCGCGGUCUGGACCAACCAGUUCGACAACGUCGCCAACCGAAGAGCACACAUCGAGACGACGGGCCCCGAAAUAUGGGCCCAGACAGAUGGGAAAGUCGACGCGUUCACCUGCGCGACAGGCACGGGCGGCACGCUCGCGGGCGUGACGCGCUUCCUCAAAGACGUGAGCGACGGACGCGUGAAAUCCUUCCUCGCUGACCCUCCCGGCUCAGUGCUGUACUCCUACAUCACCUCGGGCGGCCAACUCAAGGAGCGGUCUGGCGGCAGCAUCACCGAGGGCAUCGGCCAGGGUCGCGUGACAGACAACCUCGAGAACGAGGUGAAAGAGCUCGACGGCGCCCUGUUCAUCUCGGACGAGAAGAGCAUUGAGAUGGUUUACCGCUGUCUAGAUGAAGAGGGUUUGUACCUUGGCGCCAGCAGCGCGCUCAACGUCGUAGCUGCGAAAGAAGUCGCGGAGAAACUUGGACCUAAUCACACCGUCGUGACGAUGCUGUGUGAUGGUGCAUAUCGCUAUGCGGACCGCCUCUUCAGUGAAAAAUGGCUGCAGAGUAAAGGGCUGAGGGGCGCGAUUCCCAAGCAUUUGGAGAAAUAUAUUGUUCUACCUUAG